AUGAUGGAAGGGGAGCCCGGCACCCCCAUCCGACUGCCGGAUGAAGAGACCGCCUUCAUUGGACGCAAGGUCGAAGCACCAAAGCGUCAACAACGACUGCAGCAAAAACGUGCCCAGAAGAAGCGUCUCGCUGUGUUGACAAUAUCCGCCGUGACGGUGCUCGCUGUCGGGACCGUGUGUGUCUUCUUGCAGUCGACGACCUCUAAUCAGGUCAAGACGGCUGCGUCACAAGCAAUGGCGAGUGACCCGGCAGGCGCCGCGUCGAAUGCAGUGACCGUGCCUAGCUUUUCUGUCUACGAUGAAGACGGAGAUGGCCAAGUCACACUUGGGGAAUACCUCGACCGUCUCGCAAUCAACCGCGAUGCGGCACUUCAACGUGUGGGCGAAUCAGGGCUCAACGAAACGGAGAAGGAUCGCAUCACCGAUCUACUGAGAGAAGACUUCGAUAAACACUCGAAUUGUGUCGCUCGCAUCGCGCAACAGCAUGAUGACAAGGUGAUGACGGAGCAGAACUUUGACGAGAAGUACAAGAAGUUGACGACCGAGUACUGUCCGAUAAACGACGACCGUAUCCCCGACAAGUACCAGGCGAAGGAAAUUGCACCGAGUCAGGAAGAAUCAUCAGAAGCUGAAGCAAAUGCUGGUGGUGAGUCUGCGGCUAGUGAAGGAUCUUCUGCUUCACGCGGCUCCCAGUCAAGUAGUGAGGCCCACUGGAAUCCUGAUAAACCGGUCGCGCCACCCCGUCCGGUUACCGACUACAAGGAAUCAAAGAUUCAAGAAGGUAUCACUGGUAGUCAACCGGGUGAGGAGAAGCCAUGGAGACCGAACUUCCCGACGGAGCCGCCGAUACCGUCGAGUGCUGACGACAAGACCUGGGGCCCCAACUACCCAACCGAUCCGCCUGUGCCGUCGAAAGCUACUUCGCCGGAAAAUGAGCCUGAGUGGAAUCCGACGGUGCCGACGAAUCCACCACGUGCGGCAAAAAAUACGGAGGACUCGUCUGCUAGUAAACCCGAAGGUGUUGGCUCUACGGCAUGGAACCCCGAAUUCCCUAUGGAACCCCCGAAGCAACAGGAUCGUGAGUUCCAGUCGGACAACAACAAAGACAAGUAUGAGUCGAGUCCAGCAGGAGUGGCGCGGGAGCCAAUGGCCGAGAUGGCUCCCGAAGGCGAACAGGCGAUGCAUGCCUACAAUACCUACACGGGUAAAGACACAGGUGCGUACAAUGCGUACACGGGUGGUGAGGGUGAGUCGACCAAAUACGGCGAGAAUAUGAGAACGGAGCCGAGUCCGGAAGGAGCGGCGUACGGGUCUCCGAUAACCGAGAUGGCUCCACAAGGUGAACAGCCGAUGCGUGCAUACAACACCUACACGGGUGCGGAAACCGGUGCAUACAACGCGUACAUGGGUGCCGAGACGACCAAGUAUGGUGAGAAUAUCAACACCUACGCGGGUGCGGACACCAGUGCGUACAAUGCGUACACAGGUGGUGAGUCGACCAAAUACGGCGAGAAGGUGAGAACGGAGUCGAGUCCACCUCAGGGUGGAGCAGGUGAGUGGAUGUCCCUGGUCGGUGGAAAUGUUGAACCUGAACGUGAAGCACAACCGGAGAAGAGUAAGGAGAAUUUGCGUGGAAUGACCCGUGCCAAUGUUCCGUAAAAUCUCCAUGUAACUCUCAUGAUCGAGCACACUUGCGCUGUAAACGGACGUCAUAUUACAAGCGGAAGAUUGGUUUGGGGGUGAGCAAAGGUUGGGCCAACAGAGCGAAUGCUGUAUUCGAUCAUGGCGGCGGACUGAUGUGAUUUGCGCGUUGCAUUUAUUUUUCCAUUUACCAGUUUAACCAACAAGGAAAUACAGCUCAAAAUCUAAUUGAAUCGACUGAAUAAAUUUCAAACUGUCGUUUCCUUCAAA